AAGAAGAAAUCCCAUCAUGCUUUGCAACAGAAGCGUUUCAUCCUGUUAUUCAACUUGUCUUGUCGUAUCUGCUUCCUGCGUUUCUAAAGGUGGUUUCCGCGGGACGGGCACGGUGUUCUGGUCGGUAAUGUGCGUCCAGACUCCAGAAUGAGCGGCGUGCGGAGAAUCGUGAGCUACGCGUACAUGAUCGUUAUAGUAGGAGCUGGCUUGGGGACGUGGGCUCUGAUCUCUCCAGGAGAAGAAAAGCGUAAAGAGCAACUGAAGAACCUUCCUGGAUCAAAGCAAACACAAGAGGAGGCCAAGAGAAGAAAUGCUCUGGUGAUGCAGGCUCUCAAGGAUGCAGCUAAUAUUAAUGACAACAUUUCACGUAGUAGUCAAAGAAAACCCAAAGUAGACAAAAACACUGCUGUUUAGCACACAGAACCUCCUCAAAGCCUCUUCAAAUGAACAAGAGACAUCCGUCAUGUUUGUAUUUAAAAUGUUUGGUUCUGUAGUGUAGUGGUUAGUACGCCUGCCUCGGAAGCAGAGAGCAGAGUCCAGGGUUAUAUUCCCAGAGGUACCACAUGCUUGAUAAUGUUAAUCCUCCUCUGUAAGUCGCUUUGGAUAGAAGCGUCUGGUAGAAGCAUAAAGGUAAAUGUUUGCUUUUCAUGUGGCAAUAAUUCACCGUGGGAUAUUAUGAUCUAUUAAAAUGCUUAAACUCAACA